AUAUCUGUUGGCAGGCGUGUUCGUGUUGCCAUUUUCAGUUUUGUAUACAUAUUAUAUUUUUGACCAAAAAGUUAUAAAAAGAGUUUUUCAUUUUAAGCCGAUGCCUAACUAAAAAGGGGUUUGUAAGUAUUUAGGAUUCCAUUGCAAUGGAAGAGAAACUGUCGAUUAAUUAAAGAACAUUUUUUUGUAAGUACAUUUCUGAAUAAUUCAAAGGAAUGGCAAAUACGGGAGGCAGUGUAAAGGAAAUAUGUGAUAAUGUGGCACUUGCAAGAGAAAUGACUGUAUUGUCAAACUAUGAAAAUGCUGUGAUUUAUUAUGAAGGAUCUCUUCAACUUAUCUCCAAAUUUAUUUCUCAAAUAUCUGAUCCGAUCAGAAAAGACAAAUGGCAGCAGAUGCAAAUGAAAGUUAACAAAGAGUAUAAUGCUCUAAGAGAGUUGAAAACAAUAUUAGACACAUUUAAAUUUGAAUGCAGUGGUGAUCUACCUAUAGGUGCUAGGAGAAGGGAUUUGCCACCUGACUCGAGUAUUAUAGAUCUAGGAAUUCCCGGUGACCCAGAUGUUUGGCCUGCACCUACUCCGGUUGACCAUGGAAACGUUCCAAGAACCAAAGUAAAGGCCAGUAGUAACAGAAGAUCAGACAUCAAAAAAGGAGGACAGACUAGUGCGAGAGCAAGUUCUUCCACUACGUCUAGAAGAUCAGAGAUUGUCAAGCCACUAAAUAAAGGCACUAAAAAAGAUGAAAGACCCUCCAGCUCCAAGUCGGAAAGGAACAAUGACAAUGCAAACGAUACAGAAUCUGCUGGUAAAGCGGAGGCAAAAGAGGAGCAACCAGAAGAAAAGAAAUUCGAAUGCAACGGAAUGGAGCGGGAAUUAGCUGACAUCCUAGAAAGAGACAUAGUGCAAAAGAAUCCAAAUAUUAGAUGGGAUGACAUUGCUGAUUUACACGAAGCAAAAAGAUUAUUGGAAGAGGCUGUUGUGUUGCCGAUGUUGAUGCCUGACUUCUUCACAGGUAUAAGGAGACCUUGGAAGGGGGUUUUAAUGGUGGGACCCCCAGGUACAGGCAAGACCAUGCUGGCUAAAGCAGUAGCUACCGAAUGUGGCACAACAUUCUUUAAUGUAUCUUCUUCAACUUUAACAUCGAAAUAUAGGGGAGAAUCUGAGAAAAUGGUCAAAUUAUUAUUUGAAAUGGCGCGAUUCUAUGCUCCAAGCACCAUUUUUAUUGAUGAAAUAGACUCGCUUUGCUCUAGAAGAGGAUCAGAAUCAGAGCACGAGGCAUCUAGAAGGGUCAAGUCCGAACUACUGGUUCAAAUGGACGGAAUUACAGCACACAAUGGGGAACCCGGCAAAAUAGUGAUGGUGUUAGCAGCCACAAAUUUCCCUUGGGAUAUUGACGAAGCUCUUCGCCGCAGAUUGGAGAAGAGAAUUUACAUUCCUUUGCCCACAUUAGAAGGCAGAGAAGCGCUUUUAAAAAUAAACUUACGAGAAGUUAAACUAGAUCCGAAUGUGAAUCUUAAAAACAUCGCCCGCAAACUCGAUGGAUAUUCCGGUGCUGAUGUUACCAAUGUAUGUCGCGAUGCAUCGAUGAUGUCCAUGAGGAGGAAGAUUUGUGGUUUGAGACCUGAUCAGAUCAAGCAAUUACCGAAAGAAGAAUUAGAUCUUCCGGUUACCGCGCAAGAUUUCGAAGAAGCCAUUGUAAAAAAUAAUAAAAGUGUUUCCAAGGAAGAUCUCGGUAGAUAUGAGAAGUGGAUGAAUGAAUUUGGAUCUUCUUGAUAGUUUGAAUAGGCUUCAGGAAAUACUAUUAGUCUUAAUAACACCAUAUACUUAAUACUUUACUCGAUUUUCGAUACUACAAUUCUAUGUAGUUAAUUUUCCAAGUUGCUAACACAACCUGUGGUCAAUAGAUGGUUUAUUGUGCGGGAAUGGCAUUCCUAAUAUAAUUGAGAUGUUUACUUUUUCAAAUAAUUUCGAUAAUGUUGUCUAUUGUUAGUUUUACUAUUGACUUAAAUUUACUCUACUAUUUGUUUGACUACUUUUUGUAUAUUUACCUAUUUAUUGUUGAAUAAUAAAAUAAUGUUUUAAUUCGA